AUGGAGCAGCGACCCUCCCAACAGAUCUCCGGAGACGCAAUAAGACGAAUUCCAGAGCCAGAACCAGUCCACAUCCCCGACGACGGACGAGAAGCAAUCAACCUCCCCCAAGUCGCGGGUCCCGGAUCCAGACACAAGAACAAUCCAAAUCCACCAUCCGCAGACAUCGCCGCUCAUCAGCACUGGUAUGACCUUGUCCGCAAGUUUUGGAGGAACCAUGUACGACUGUCUGUGCCUCACGUCGAUUGCAGAGAUCACCUAGCCAACGAACGCACCUUCCUCGGCUACCUCCGCACCUCCGUAGCCCUCUCCAUGCUCGGCGUAAUCGUCGCCCAACUCUACCGCCUCCAACACCACCCGUCCCCCUCUCCAAUCUUUGGCUACUUCAUCCUCUCCAAACCCAUCUCCGCCAUCCUCCAAUGCUCAGCCCUCGGCAUGGCGAUCUUGGGCGCCAUCCGCUACUUCCGCCAACAGGCCGCGAUGGCACGCGGGAAAGUUCACGCAGGCGGUUGGGAAGUUAUGGUGAUUGUGGUGUUUUCAAGCUUGGUAGGUCGGUAUUGGUGUUGGGUGGUUCGAAGAGAGUUUGGACAUUUGAAGUGA